AUGAAACGUGCAAAGCAUCCAGCAACUGUUAGUAUGAAAUUGACAAGUGUUCCAGAAUUACCUUAUAAGAAAGGACCACUGAAUUCAUCACCUAAGCCAAAAGAAAAACGUAAUGCCAAAUCGACACAAGAUAAAAUUGAACCAAUGGUCAUUAGGUCUCCACCCACAGGAGAGUCAAUCGUACGGUAUGCCUUGCCAAUACCAUCAACUAUGAUGAAAGACUUAGUGUCAGAUGCUGAAAUGGUCAGGAUGAUUGCCAAAAACCUGAAGACGGUUGUUUCUACCUUGGAAGAAACCUAUGGAGCUUUCACUGAUGAUGGAGAAAAAGCCACAGAAAAAUCUGAAGCAGAAGGCUUGUCUGUUGGUGAUGAUAUGAAUUCAUUCUUGUUGUGCUGUUCACAAUUUGCAACUCAGCUGGAGGAAGCAGUUAAAGAAGAACGUGGUAUUUUGGAGUCUCUUUUCAAGUGGUUUCAGCAACAAGUCAACCAAAUGGAGGAGAUAAGUAAAGACCAAAGUAAUUUACAAGCAGAUCUUCCAUCCGAUGAUAAAUUCGUCAAUAAGGGCAUUACACAAAUUGCAAAGCUCAUACGUAAAUUUGAAGAUAUUAAAGGUCGCCUAAAAGAGCGUAGGGUAUCCCUACAGUCUAAACAAACGGAUAAAGACCUACUAUCUGAAUCACUGAAACAUUAUGCACUUAUAGAACAGCAAAUUGAAGAGUUCAUAAAAUCCCAUUCAGCUUUAGGAUCUCAAUAUGUUUUUGAAACUGAGUCAGGAACUCCUUCUUCAAUGACUAAUCGGAUGGCUAUGAUGAUGAAAAUAUUUGAAAAUCAGGCAGCUAUGUUAGAGAAAGCUUUAAAUGAUCAGAGAAUAAUUGAGUCUAAAUAUCAACAGAUUGAAACUGAUUAUCAAAAUUUACUAUCGGAGAAAAACCUGCUGGAAGGUGAAAUACAAAGGCUGAGAGAUACAGAGAGACCAAAGUCUGCAAGCAAAGAAGAACGAACUAAGAAAUCUGGAAAAUCAGAAAAGAAAAAAGAUAAAGAUUCAGAAAGGAAAUUAUCUCCAAGCAGAGAAGAAGAGCUUCAAAUCCAAGAAGCUGAAAGAAAUAAGACUCAAGUCGACAGUGUCUUACAUCAAAAGACGGAGAUGUUUAAAGAAGAAAAGAAUAAAACAAAAUUGGACCGGGGUCACAGUAAAUCAAAGGUUAAGGGUGAAGAUACAAAAGAUUCCUUACCAAAGAAGAGUGACAUACAGUCGAGUGAACAAAGGAAGGAUCAGAUCUCAUCUGAUCAAAGUAAAAGGUCAGUUGGUGAAAGGUAA